UUUUUGGAGUUACGGUUUAAAGCUAAACGUGGUUAUGUCGAUGGGUUAAACAGUGGCUGGAAGGCUUUACACGUGUUCGUUUUGCAGUUAUUCCUUGGACAGCCGGAGUUUGCAGAAUUUGUAGUGCUAUAAAGCUUGGGUAAGGUACGGCAAGAAAAAAACAGAACAUAGAAGGGUUGGAGCACAUUUUAUUAAAAUUUUGGUAGCAAUUUUUUGUAACAUGUCAGCCGUGCAAAAUGAGUCAAGAAAGCGGAACAAGAAGCGCUACAUGUCCGGACACCACAAGCGGUUUAAGCGUUCGGGGGAACUGGAGGUGGGCAUGCAGGGAAUCCUGAUAACCUGCAACAACAAGAACCAGAGACCGUGCACCGCGGAGGCUCUGGACCUGCUCAGUGAAUACGCAGACCAGCUCUAUGGGCCAGAGCUUCAAGACAACUCUGAACCCACUGAGGAAAAGGAGGAUGAAGAAGAGGAUGUUGAUGAUGCUCUGAAGAAGGAAGUGGCACAGCUGAAAGCACAAAGAACAAACGAGGAGAGACGCUUCCAGGUCCUCGACAGUGGAGCGUUCAACGUCAUCUUCAUCAGAACUCGAAAUAUAGAUCCCAACAAACUGGUUCAUUACAUUCUGACGGAUCUGUACACCACCAAGAAGAAAAAGUCGCGUUUAAUUCUUCGAAUGCUGCCUGUCAUUGGAACAUGCAGGGCUUACCAGGAAGAUAUAGUAAAAUAUCUGACCACGUUCCUGGUGCCUUGGUUUAAAGCUCCCAACAGCACAACCUACAAGAUCGCCUACAAAGCUCGCAACAACAACCAGAACAAGCGAGAGGAAAUCAUCAAACAUGUUGCAGGUGUUUUGGGAAGCCUGAACCAGGAAAACAAAGUGGACCUGACAAACCCUGAGCUUACGGUCAUCGUGGAGGUCAUCAAGGCCGUUUGCUGCGUCUGCGUGGUCAAAGAUUAUCAGCUGUACAGAAAGUUUAAUGUUUAUGAAAUAGUAAAAGAAGACGUUCCCAAACCUGCUGUGGUCGCCACAAACACUGACGCAGAAGAACUCGGUAAAGGAGAGUCCGAGAAAGUGGAAGAGAAGACGGGUGAAAAGGAAUCCCAAAAGGAGAAGAUGAAUAAGGGUGCUGAAGGUGUGCAGGUGGAGAAGAGGGCAGAUGGCUGUGAGGACAAUGAGGUUAAAAAGGGAGAAGAUGGCGGGGAUUAAAAGUUGACAGAAAUCAGUCUGCUGUUGAGGCUUCAUCUCAACGUUAUGGUCUCAAAACCUUUGCUAAACAAAACAGAUUUUUUUUUUUUUUUUACAAAAGUCAGAAAGAUCUAAUGUUUUAUUACUUGAUACAUCUGAGCGUUCAUUAGUUUAGAGUUAUUUUAUUAAAUCUGCAUCUUAAAACACAAUUUAGUUCUGGCUAGGUUUUAAAUGUGAAUUCUGAUUUCAAUAGUCUAGUUUUACUUUUUUUAUUUUACACAAAGUUGACAUGAGGACAACAUGAUGGAUAUUCUAAAGAUGAGAUCUGACUAUUUAUAGGCAGGAACCCAUAAGAACCUAGCAUGAAUCCACCAUAAAAACUAUGUGGUACCUGA